AAAACUAAUUUGCUGAUGUGUAUUACAUAUGUCCACAUGCUGAAGUCAUAUUUGAUCGGGUAUGCAUGAUUGCGCAGAGGGAUGAAUUACUCCGCGUGUGUCACUGGAUCGAGGUCGGACCUGUUGGGCCUGCAGGUCUUUGGUCACGGUGCCUUCUUCUCUGAUUCUUUGGAGACGCUCAGAUGGAAACUCUCUGCAGGCAGGCAGGCAGACCUGGACAAAUAAUGGAGGGUGGACGCGGUGGGGAGUAGUCAGUGGUGCGGCCCCUGCCCAUUGGUUGCCUCAGACACAGUAGCUCUCUCCCUCUCACUCGCUCAUAAAUGCGCUCCCACCGCCGACUGGAGCAGAUAAUCACAGGCCACUGACAGAGGGACACACCUUCCGCUGAUUCUUUCUUUUUUUGUUGUUGCCACAGUUUACAAGGGAAUGCGCUUUGAUUCAAGAAGAGCGGUCCUCAGUCCACGAUUCGAGUCGUGUUUUAACUUGCACUUCUGCAAUCAUUGUUUUUUUUUGUUUUUGUUGUAGUGUGUUGUUGGGCGCUUAGGGUUUUACAGAGACUGCUCCACUUCAACCACGAAAAAUGACCGGGGUUUUUGAGAGCUUAAAUACCGAUAUGCAUUCGAACCAGAUUACCUCAAGCAAUUACCACAGUUUGCACAAAUCGCAGGAGUCCCCGACUCUGCCGGUAUCCACGGCGACGGACAGCAGCUACUACAACAGCCAGCAGCCCGGCCACUGCGCGGGCUCUCCCUUUGGCCAACUCGGCUCCUACCAGUACCACGGCGGCGCCGCGAGCACCGUGCCGUACAACGCCAAAUCCUACGACCUUGGUUUCAACUCAUCCUACGGUGCAUACAGCUCCUAUGGCCCCAGCUCGUCUCCUACUCCAGCCGACACAGAGAAAGAAGAGAGUGAGCCGGAGAUCCGGAUGGUUAAUGGAAAACCAAAGAAGGUCAGGAAACCGCGGACCAUCUAUUCCAGCUUCCAACUGGCUGCACUUCAACGGAGGUUUCAAAAGACGCAGUAUUUGGCUUUACCCGAACGGGCCGAGCUGGCCGCCUCGCUGGGCCUUACGCAAACACAGGUCAAAAUCUGGUUCCAAAACCGUCGCUCCAAGUUCAAGAAGUUGUGGAAGAGUGGAGAACUGCCCCCUGAGCUCGUCGCUUCCAGUGAAUCCCCCCCUUGCACGUCUCCGCCAACUACUGCCUGGGACUUUCCACAGACUCAAAGAAUGAACAGUGUCAACUCCAGUUUACCUCAGAGCAGCAGCCCUCCCAGCACGAGUGCGUCCUCGUCGUUUUUGGCAAACUACUCCUGGUACUCAACCACGAACUCUACGACGCAUCUGCAGCCUCCCCUGGUCCAGCACAUGCACCACAACUCCGCCAUAAGCGCUGGGACGAUAUUCUGAAAUUUAAAAAAAAAACAAAAAGAAACAUCUGGUUUAAAUCGGAUAAUACUGGUGAAAAAAAGACUAAAUGCCAAUACCUUCAUUUUACAGAUCUAGCGUGUGCGCAAUGCGAACUUUACGCAUCUAGGAAUGGAGCCAUGCAGGCAGGUUCGUGGACCUUGCCAGUUUUCGCGCUGGCAAACGGUAGACCGAGAUUUCUACAGUUAUUUUUGUAUUUAUUUAUUAUGUGUAUGUCGAGGGAUGAAUGAACCACUAUUACCCAAAGCAAUCACAGCCAGGGCGCCAAGCCCACUUUUACGCGGACGUCACUUUUUCGCCAUUCCUGCAAAAAUAAAACCUGAAUCGCAGGACAACCUGUCACAGAUGUAGCACAAGUGAACUGUAUCGUGCCUUUUUCAACAUGACCUCAUUUUGUUGUGAGACAAAAAAAAAAGCACAGCUUACCUUGUAUCCAUUCCUCGUGUCAUUAGUUGAUUUGAAUAUAUUUAAGUGUAAGUGUAUGAAUCCACGUAUGUAAAUAAUUUACGACAGCUUUUUUUUUUAUGACACUGAUUUUUUUUUUAAAAGGCUAUUGGUGCAAAUCCAUUCAUCACCGUAAGCUACUGAUUGUCCCACCCUCUUGAGUUACCUGUACCACACUUAAAUGUAUUUUUGUCUUAUUUAUUUUAGCAGUGUUCCAUAUAUGACCAGAAGUUAUUUAAAUAAAAAAAAUGUUUUCUGUGCA